GAUCUUGACGAAUUGACCCGGAAUCGAAAAAAAUAACAAAGAAGAAGAUCAAAUGUCAAUAUAAAUAGGUUAAAGUUAGGUAGUAAAAUAAAAAAUUUUUAUAAGAAUUUUUUGAUUAUACUUUGAAUAAUAAAGCAAAUAUUCAAAAUGGCAUGCAUGAACAAAUUCCUCGGAAUAAUUCAGCUAUGCAAAUCAAACACACAGGUAUUGAGUUCACUUCAGUUCAAUAAAAUGUCCCAGUAUCCUAGUUAUUACAUACAGCCUGUAUACAGAAAGGAUGUUCAGGAAGAAUUGUUCAAAAGUGGCGAAGCACAGAAAUUAAUCCACCAUCCAACUAAAGCGGCAAUGAAUGAUCAAACUAGCUCUUUGGCACAUGAUGAUCUUGUUAAUUUAUUUAUUAAUUACUGUAUGAAACAUGGCAAUAAAUUACUAGCAAGAACUGUUGUUGAACAGUCCUUAGAAAGUGUAAAAAGACUUCAGCUGGAAAAAUACCAUAAGGCCAAAAGCGAAGAAGACAAACAAAAUAUUGAACUCGAUCCCAAAGUGAUUUUUCACAAAGCAGUGGAGAACUGCAAACCCAUUCUUCAGUUAACGCCCAUCAAGAGGGGAGGAGUGAGGUAUCAGGUUCCAGUACCCAUCACAGACAGAAGAGCUCAGUUUUUAUCAAUGAAAUGGCUUAUAGCUGCUGCCAAGGAUAAGGAGAAACCAGUUAGAUUUCAUUUGCAAUUAGCUCGGGAGUUGAUUGAUGCCUCAAAUGACACAGGAAGGGUUGUGAAAAAGAAACAAGAUCUACAUAGACAAUGUGAGGCAAAUAGAGCCUACGCCCAUUACAGAUGGAGUUGAAAUAUUUAUAUUUUCAAUAGUUUCAACAAAUGAAUAUUAAAAAAUCUACAAUAUUUUA